AUGACGACCAGUACCGGGUUCGGCUCCCAGAGGGCCCGUCUUUGCAGCCUAGACGCCGACCGGGCCGACCUUUAUGGUGGACCUAAUGUCGUCGUCCCUCCCAAAUACCUGAUGGCUCCCAGUGGAGAUGGUGACUUCAUACCUUCCGUCAAAAAGACUAAAAAUCAUGAAGAAGUCGUCUUCUCGGAAGAAGAAUAUUUUGAAACAGACACUCCCCUCUCUACCCCGCCAAUGACCACCAGCAACGAUUUCGCCUUAGCCUUCGAUAUUGAUGGCGUCCUCUUGCGGGGUGGCAACCCCAUCCCUGAGGCCGUGGAUGCCAUGAAAUAUAUCAAUGGCGAAAACCCAUUUGGAAUGAGGGUUCCAUAUAUUUUCCUAACAAAUGGCGGUGGCAAAACCGAGCAAGAACGAUGCGAAGAUCUCACUCGCCAGCUUGGCAUUGAGGUCAGCCCUGGCCAGUUCAUCUGUGGUCAUACUCCCAUGCGCGAGAUGGCUGAGCGAUACAACACCGUCCUGGUCGUGGGCGGCGAAGGCGAGAAGUGCCGUAUCGUGGCAGAAGCAUAUGGAUUUAAGGACGUGAUCACACCCGGUGAUAUUAUCAAGACGCGACCAGACACAGCCCCCUUCCGAAAGUUGACCGAGGACGAAUACAACAAUUCUCGACUACUCGAUUUGAGCAAGACUCAAAUUGAGGCUAUUUUCGUGUUCGCUGACAGUCGCGACUGGGCCAGUGAUCAGCAAAUCAUUUUGGAUUGUGUUAUGUCAAAGAACGGGUGUCUGGAUCAACGGUCGGAGACCUUUGACGACGGACCCCCUGUCUUUUUCUCCCACAACGACGUCGUGUGGUCCACAUCUCACGAUUACUCCCGCAUUGGUAUGGGCGCACUACGUGCAUCGCUCGAGGCUCUCUACAAAGCCGUGACUGGAAAGGACCUUAAGAGCAUUGCCUUCGGCAAGCCACAAAUCGGCACAUUCCAAUUUGCCACUCGCCUACUACAAGAAUGGCGCAGUGAGUCCCACGGCAUCAACGAGCCUCCGGCCACCGUCUACUUCUUCGGUGAUACUCCAGAAUCGGAUGUGCGCGGGACCAAUGAAUACAACGAGAUCGCUGAAAACGAAUGGUAUUCUGUCCUCGUGAAAACCGGUGUCUACCAAGACGGCACCGAACCUCGCUUCCCACCCAAGAAGAUCUGUGAGAACGUCUACGAGGGUGUCAAAUUUGCUAUUGAGCGUGAGCAUGAGAAGAUGCUCAAUGGCGGCCGUUAUACCGACGACUCGGCCGAGGCCAAUAAAGGCGAUGUUCGCAAUUAA